UUUUCCCGUCAGUCCUAGGUUGUGUGUAUAUAGCGGUUAGUCGUGUUGAAAGGCAGCAUAGAAGAUUGGACUUAUACACGCAUAUACUCACGCGUGUAUAUAAAUGUUGUAUAUAUAUAUGUAUGAAUAUAGAUAAAUUAUAUAUAUACGUAUAUAUUUAUAUUUAUAUAUAUGUAUAUAUAUAUAUAUCUAUGAAAAAUGUCUAGAAUACUGAUAUUAUUUAGUAUUAAUAUAUAGUAACAAAUAUAUACAUAUAUAUAUAUAUAUAUAUAUAUAAUUACAAUAUGUUUAUAUAUAUUCACAGUAGACAUAUAAAUAUGUACACAGACAUGGAUAUUUAACAGAGGGAAGUGUCCCAUUCAUUACCAACAACUUCUAAAAUUAUUCAUGGUUUCUUACACGACUACAGUAACAAUAACAAAGACAUCAUCAUUAUCAUUAUCAACAACAACAUUAUCACUAUCAACAUCAUCUUUAUUAUCAUCAUUGUUUUCAAUAUCGAGAUCUUACAAGCGAAGGAAGUCUACUUUAUCAGAACACUUUGUUAUACAUUCACUUCAGGCUAUCUAAAUAUUGUUAUAUACUCGUAUCUAUAUAUACCCGUGUCUUAUAUAUAUAAUAUAUAUAUAUAAAAAAAAAACAGACUGAACUUUAACAUUAUUUGAAAAUGUCCCUUAUCAACAGAGAAGCUGUUCUCUGUUGCUGGAUGACCCUCGUCUGUCUUGGAACUGUACUUGAUGCCAUGGUAAUAGAAAGGACGUUCCGUGACCCUUUUGAGCACCCACUUGAGCGAAUGAUCAUGCAUAAUGAAACAGGAGAGCUUUACGUUGGUGCUGUUAAUAAUUUAUUUAAAUUAUCUGCUGAUUUGAAACUGAUGGAAAAUGUCAUCACAGGCCCUGCUGAUGACAACCCCAAAUGCCCACCUCCACUUUUACCUUGCAAAGAACAAAAGAAAAGUACAAACAGCCACAAUCAGGGGUUAGCAUUUGAUUACAGUCGUGACUCAAUUAUCGUCUGUCUGUCCUUGUUCCAUGGUGCCUGUCAUGUCCGGAAGCUGAGUAAUGUCACUGCUGUUGAUGAACAGAUGCCAAAACCUAUUGUAUCAAAUCAUGAAGACAGCUCAACUGUAUUCCUCACUGCACCAGGACCAAAUGGUGAUGCUCUUUAUGUUGCUUCACGCUACAGUAACCAUGGAAACAAGCGCUACCGUGACCUUGUGCCCUCUAUCAGCAGUCGAAACCUGCAAACUCUGGAGUUCACAUAUAGAGAUGCAUCUGGAAGCAGUAAGGUUACUGUCCUACCCAAGUACCGAACACGGCAUUUCGUGAACCCUGUUCAUGCAUUCUCACAUGGAGGUUUUGUUUACUUCAUCACAACCCAGCCACGCACAAAAGACCAAAACUCCCCACAUGUCACAAAACUAGCUCGGAUCUGUCAGAAGGACAAGAAGUUCGAGUCUUAUGUAGAAGUUCGUUUGGAGUGUCGUCGUGGCAGUAAGUUGUACAAUCUUGCCCAAGCUGGUUACUUAUCAAAAGAAAGUGGUGGGAAGUUGUAUGUUGCAUUUGCCAUGGGCAAGCUACAGUCAGAUGCACCUGUACCUUAUAGUGCAGUCUGUAUUUAUGAUAUGCAAGAUGUGAUUACGAAAUUUGAAGAAAACAUCAGAGAAUGUCAUAAUGGUAUUGGAGAAACAGGACUUCAUUAUUUACAACAUUCAAAACCUUGUGAGAAGCGAACUGACCCGUUGCAGUUCUGUGGGACCAACUUCACACCUCAUGCUUCUCUGGAUGGCAGAAAACCCAUCAUGUCACGUCCUGUCCUUGAACAUUCUGGGGCCUACUUCACUGCUAUUGCUUCUCUGUUAGUGGGGCAACACACACUCAUGUUUUUAGGGACCAACACUGGCUAUAUCUAUAAGGUUAUUGUGAAGGACAAUAGCAGCUCUGAAAUCAUUGAGAAACUGUUGGUGGAUCACCAUCGAGAAAUUCUCUCCAACUUGGUUUUCACAAAGGACAGACGACACCUGUACCUGAUGACUCGAGACAAGGUAGCCAUGAUAGAUUUCCUUGACUGUAGCUCUAAGACUACUUGUGAUGCCUGUAUCAAAGAAGGAAACCCAGCAUGUGGCUGGUGUGUUAUGGAAGGCCAAUGUUCCAACCUUGCUGAAUGUACUGCAUCCAAAGUUCAGCCACAUUGGGUGUCAGCUUCCAGUGGUUCCUGUCUUCAGAUCAUGGAAGUUCUACCAGAAGAACUAAGCCUUCAGAAUAUCACAUCCAAUGCUGGAGUUGAUCAGGUGCGUUUUAAAGUUGACCAAAUGAAGGCACCACCAUCAUCUGAUAACAUCGGUUGUUUGUUCUUGUCUGGCCAUUCCAAAGAACAGACUGAAGCUUUGAUCCAAAAGAAUGUUGUGAUCUGUCCCCUUCCCCAUCACAGAAACCUACCAAGAAUUCCUAAGGGUGAGGAUAAUGCUGAGGUUAAUCUUGAGUUUCAAGUUGACGGCAAGUCAAUAGUGAAGAGAAGUGUCAAGGUUUUUGACUGUCGUGUUCAUAAAAGCUGCACAGAGUGCACAGGCAGCACAUUCUCCUGUCAGUGGUGUCCAUUCAGUGGAACAUGCAUUGAUUCUUCCAGCAGUUCUUGUUCUGACACCAACAACAUACAGUCUGGACGCCAAGUUGAUAUCAUUGAUCCCAAUAAGUGUCCACGCCUUGUCAACCCAGUUGCUGAUAUUGUGGUACAUUCUGGAACAAAGAAAGAAGUCAGAGUCAAAGUAGAGAAUCUUUUGCCUGAACAGAAGAAGAAUUUGAAGUGCCAUUUUGAAUAUUUGGGUCAGAAGAAAACAGUACGUGCUGAUGUCUCUGAGCCAGACCUUGUCUGUCAGAAAACAGAGUUUGCUUAUACUGACCAAGAAAUUCCAUAUGUGCCAGUGUCUUUCCGUGUAGUAUGGGGUAAUCAAAGCCUUCAACUGGACAACCCAGAUAACAUCCAAGUCCGUGCCUACAAAUGCCGACUAAUGGUGACAAACUGUGGUAAAUGCCUCAGCAUGGACAAAGAAUAUGACUGUGUCUGGUGCUCGAACAAAUGUAUGCUAGCAAGUAAAUGUUCUGGAACAGUCCUGAAGAGAUCUGACACGUGCCCCGAUCCAAGGAUCCUCCGGUUCAGCCCAAUAUCAGGACCCAUUGGAGGUAAGACAAAUGUCACCAUCACAGGCAUCAAUUUAGGAAAGCACAUUGACGACCUUAGAGAUGGCGUGAAGGUUGCCGGGAUGAAGUGUAAGGUGCUAUCCCAUGACUAUCAACAAUCUUCAGAGUUUAUUUGCGAAACAGAGGUUGUCAAUAAUGCCAAAACUGGAACAAUUAAAGUGGAAGUAGCCAAGAAAUAUUCUGCAGAAUCUGACAGCUUCUUCAGUUUCCUCACCCCAUCUUUGAAGGAGAUCACUCCGAAAAAGGGUCCAAAAUCUGGUGGAACCCAUGUGAUGAUCCAUGGUGACCAUAUGAAUGCAGGUAGUAGAUGGGACAUCAUUGUCGGUAGCAACCCCUGUGAAGUUGUAAGUCAAAACACCUCAGUUAUUGAGUGUGUUACUUCAGCAGAGGGUUCCAUUACAGCAGCUGAUGUGUCAGUAAGUUUCGGAGGAUUACUGAAGCACCUUGAUGAGAAGUUUGAAUUUGUUGAAGAUCCAACCAUUACAAUGGUGGAACCUAAUAGAAGUAUUCUCAGUGGAGGGACAACAUUGACUGUAACAGGAACCAAUUUGAAUCUUAUUCAAGAACCAAAACUGUUUAUCAAAUACAACAGCACCAUGAAGGAAUCACCCUGCAAGUCAAAGCACCAGAACAUGCUGGAAUGCCGAAUGCCAUCAUUGGACUUUGGAGAAAACCAGGUGUCUUUGACAAGCCCCAAAGAGGUGCAGUACGGUUUCAUCAUGGAUGGUGUCGUUCAACUGAAAAAUCUCUCAGAUAAUCCAGAGUUCCGCCCUCUUCUUUACUUCCCUGACCCUGUUGCUGAGCCUUUCACCGGUGAAAGGAGUACCAAAAAAUAUAUGAAAGGUGACAAAUUAGUGAUUGAGGGUAAAUUCCGUAGCAUCAACCAGCUGUUAACGGAUGUGUAUGUACAUGUAGGCAACAGUCUAUGCACUGAUCUGAAACCACAUGACACAGCAUUGAUGUGCACCCCCCCUUCUUCACCAAGUGGUGUUGACAAAGAAGGCAAUGCCCCUGUAGUGCUCCAUAUUGGUCAGUACAAGUCAGACAUUGGUUACUUGAGCUACUACGAGGAGCAGGAAGGGGAAAGACCUAUAGCCCUUGGCAUAAUCCUUGGUGUGGCUCUGCCGAUGCUGACAAUCAUCAUCCUGUUGACAGUAUGUGUAGUGAGGCGCCAUAUGAAGCAUGAUCCCAGCGACAACUAUAUCCCUGAUGUACUCAAGGACUAUGAGGGCAAGAAAGAAAAUGAAGCCAUUGGGAUGAACCACAUGUCAGCUGGUACGAUGGAUUCCUCACAGUACAUCAGUGAACUCCUGGCCAGCUUCGAUGAUGAACAGGAACGACAACAAAUAACAGAACUUCUCAUUACACGAAACAAGCUAGACAUUGGAGAACUCCUUGGUAAAGGUAACUUUGGUGUUGCAUACAAGGCCCAGUUUACUAAAUGUGACAGUGAACCACCUAUGACUGUUGCUGUCAAGUCUUUGCAAGGUACUAACACUGACCAGAAGGCUCUACAACAGUUUCUGAGGGAUUCAUUGGUGUUUAAGGAACUCCAGCAUAAGAAUGUCCUACCAAUAUUUGGUGUCUGCUUGACCAUCAGUGAUGAUCCUGUGGUUGUUGUUCCUUAUAUGGAAACAGUAGACCUCCGCACCCACAUUAGGGAUUCCAGCAAAUCAUUGUCAGUGUGCACUCUAUUAGAUUAUGGUCUCCAAGUGGCAGAAGGAAUGACCUACUUAUCUGAACUGAAGGUCAUACAUCACAAUUUGGCUGCAAGAAAUUGUUUGUUGUGUGAUUAUAAAACGGUAAAACUCACUGACAUUGGCCUGACCAAUGAACUGUUCAGCAAGGACUUCUACUUCACCGAGGACCACACUGCCAAGUUACCAGUGAAAUGGAUGGCACCUGAGAGUGUGGAACACUUUGUCUUCAGCACCCAGACUGAUGUGUGGUCUUAUGGAGUGGUUUUGUGGGAACUGCUUACCCGAGGUGUUACCCCUUACCCAGAUGUUGUACCUUGGGAUGUGCAUAGCUACUUGCAGAGUGGACGACGUAUGCAGAAGCCAAAACAUUGCCCAGAAUUCAUUUACCAACUGAUGUUACGAUGUUGGCAGCAAGACUCUGAUGACCGCCCAGCCUUCUCUGAGAUCUGUACUGCCCUCCGCAGCGUCUCCACCAAUGAUCCUUCUGUACCAGAGGAUGAAGCUCAGCCACUGAAUGCUACUGUAGAAUUUACCGGAUCUACAGAAUACCUUGAAGUCAUCGAAUAAAUAUUGCAAAACAAAAAAAAAAUAAUAACUAAAUAAAUCAAAAAUUAAAAAUAAGUGGAAAAAGUGGAAAAAUAACAAUAGAAACAAUAACAAUACAACACCUCAGUGUGUUGUGGAGGGUGGUGGAAUUGGUGGUGAAGGAAAAGAGGAAGAUGGUUGUGGUAGAGGUGGUGGUGAGGAGGUCAAACAAUAGAAUAUAUAAUUAUUUUCUCAUUGAUGGACAGACUCCAUCCCCAGCACACAUACCCCACCCUUUGUGUUUCCUCCUCUCUCUUUCUUUUUCCCUCUUUCUUUCUCUCCUUCCUUUACCAGCUACCGACCCUGCCCACACCCAUUUCUCUCCAGAUAAUGAAUUUGACAAAUAUAAUAUUUCUAGUCUUCUAAAAUAAUUUUGGGGGUUAUAGCAGCCAUCUAUUUUUUAUAGAGAAAAACAUAAACCAUCUGACAACUGAGAGAUUUUGAUUUCAAUUUUUGCUAGCUCUCAUUCAGUUUCCAUGCUGCCAGAACCAUGUAGUAAAAUAUAUAAAUAGUCAGAUUGGGCGGGGGGACUCAAAUGUUUCUGAUUGUACGACUAUAUUGGCACUGGAUGAGACCCAACCAGGUUUAAAUUACAAGGCUUCAUGAGUCAGAUUCCAAUGUCCUCUUUAAAAUAGUUAUAACCAUCUCAAAGCUUUGUUUUAGAACAAAACUGCAAAUACUUUCUUGUAUAGAAUUAAUAAAUUCAUAUGUUCCAUGGAGUGUUAUGUAAUAUAUAUAUAUUAUACAAAUUUUUAUGCUCACUUACACUUACGCACUUGCAUGCACUCAUACAUAUAAAUAUAGAUAUAUAAUAUAUACAUACAUAUAUAUAUAUACAUAUGCUUAUACAUAUCAACUUAUGUAUGUAUAUAUAUAUUUAUCUAUGUGUAUGUGUGUGUAUAUAUUCGUUUUGAUUUCUUUUUAUUUGUUUAUAGUUACCUUUAAUUAUCUUCCAAACGUUCUAGUUUCUUCCUUUUGUCCAAAGAUUGGAAACAAGAAACUUGAUGCAAUGAUUUGAGAAAUUUUCAGUUUCCAGUACACACAUGCAUAUAUAUAUAUAUAUAUAUAUAUAUUAUGUAAGAUAAUCUUUUUAAAUGUUGAUCUGAUAUAAUUUGGGGGUUGUUUCAAGCUAGAAAUAUUUGAAAUAUAAUUUCAUUAAGAACUUAAAAAUUCAUCUUAUAUGAUGCAUUAUAUAAUUUUCUUCAUUAUUUUCUUUUUUUUUUUUCAUUUGCAACAAGCUUACCUACCUAUACACACAGACAACUACUUGCCCAUCUUAUACAGUUUCCCUUGUAAUCUCCUCUUAUAUACCGUUGUUACAUACCCCACUUCCAGCUGACUACCAACAUUCAUCUGCUUUCGUGUUUUGCUACUCAGCCAGCCUCACACCCAUUUAAUCUCACAUUCAUUUCCAGCAUAAAUUACCCAUGCAUCCAACACAGCUUUUCAAUUGUUCAUGCAUCUCACACAGUUACAUUAUCAACUGUCUGUCUACACAUACCCUCAUGGAUCUUUGCUCACUUUUUCCUUUUUUCUUUUUUCUUUUUUUUUAUUCAUAUUUACCUACCCAGAUACCCCCCAGCCUAUAAAGCUAUUGAAAUUCACUUUUGUUGCCAUAAAUAAUUAUUCUAAUUAAAAAAUUAAAAAAUUCUUAUUAUUUAUACUAUAAUUAUCAUCAUCAUCAUCAUCAUCAUCAUCAUUAUUAUUAUUAUUAUUAUUAUUAUUAUUAUUAUUAAGGUGCAGAGUUGGCAGAAUUGUUUGUGCAUUGGCUAAAAAUGCUUUGCAGCAUUUCUUUCAACUCAUGUUCUGAGUUCAAAUUCCACCAAAGUUGACUUUGUAUUUCAUUCUUUCUGGGUCAGUAAAAGAAUCAGUCAAAUACUGGAGUCAAUGUAAUUGACUUACUCUACCCCUAAAGUUGCUGGCUUUUUACCAAAAAUUGAAACCAUUAUUAUUUAUUUUUACUACAACUACUUCUACAACUGCUGCUGCUACUACUAGUACUACUACAGCUACCACUAAGUUCAAAUCCCACUGAGGUCAGCUUUGCCUUUCAUCCUUCUAGGGUCCAAAAAAAUAAUGUAGCAGUCAAGUAAUGGGAUACAAUUCGAGGCCCGAUGCCAAAGUGACAAAUCAUAAUUAUAAACAACAAUUAAUUUUUGAAUUCAUUAGAAUGGUAAGACAGUGUGUUUGGCCUUACUGGAUUCCGAACAUGUCUAGACACCACCACCACCACCGUGAUAACAGCAUGUACCAUUAUUUCCACAAUGACUACCAUUAUCAUCACAACUACUUAACGACACCACCACCACCACUACUAAUACCACUUCUACUGGUACUGUCACCAUAACCUCUGCUAUUAUCAUCACUGUUAGCAAUCCUGGUGACCAGAAUAAAGGAAAUUGAACUGCUUCCAUCUAGUAACCCACCAACCCACCACUCCUGUCAAUUUUUUAAUGGUGACCUACCAACUGACUGACUAGCUUACUGGUCAGUCACUGAGUAAGCAGUAACUUGACUUGAUCACAAAAUUGGUUGAUGGAUAAAUUCCCCUGCUAGUGUUAUCAUAUUAAUGAAUUUAUAAGUUUACAUACAUGUUCACACACCCGCAUGUGCAUACACACACAUAUAUGUGUGUGCACAUAAUGGUAUCAAGACUUGCAUAUUUAAAGAAUUGAAAAAAAAAAAUAGGACAAUUCAGUGUGAUUGAUCAGUGCUGUUAAAGCAUUGUUUGAUGAUGUCAUGAUAAAAUCUUCAUAUAAAUUGUUUUGAUUUUUAUUAUUAAUAUUAUUAUCGUGAUUUAAGGUGAUGAACUGGCAGAAUUGUUAGCAUGCCGGGCAAAAUGCCUUGUGGUAUUUCAUCCAUCUUCACAUUCUGAAUUCAGUUUCUGCCAAAGUUGACUUUGCCUUUCAUACUUUUUAGGAUCAAUAAAAUAAGUACCAGUUGAACACUGGGGGUCGAUGUACCCCCUCCUCCAAACAUUACUGGCCUUGUGUCAAAAUUUGAAAUCAAUAUUAUUAUUAUGAUCUGUGUUCAAAUCCCACCAAGGACAACUUGGCUUUUCAUCUUUUUGGAAUCAAUAAAAUAAAGUAAGUCAAGAAUUGA